GGGUGCUUUAUCGGCGUGCUGUGACUCGGUUGUGGCAUUGUGGCAGUGCUCAGCGCAGCAUGCAGGUCACCACCACUGAAUGCGCAAUUGCUUCGCAUCUGACUGCAGGCAGGCGCCUCAGCCAGCUUCCCGAGAGCUGCACCAUCCCACACCUGCCGUCAACGGCGUCAGGCGUCAGGCGUCAACGGGGGGCGUUGCAAACGGUGGACAGCGCCCAGCUCCCAGUGUACAGUAGAUUCCAGGGCGUUUCUGGUCAUUUCUAACGCCCACAGUGCCUCUUGGCACAUGCACAAACAGCUCACCACACACCCACCGCCCCAUCCAGUCUCGAGAUUGCCAUCUAGCCCCACUCUGUAUUUCCCUCACCUCGGGGAACGGGGCAUGCCAUGACCGUCGCCUUGGUACGGAGCACGUCAGGGACCAGACGGACGAUAGUGUACUUGGGUACGGAGUACAGUACGGCUCCGAGGUAGCAAGCAGGGCAGUCACCACCAGUAAGUGACACGCUCGUGCCCUCAUGCCCGUCCGUGACUGUCCUUGAGAUGCCCAGCUUGACACAUGAGGCCUCCCCAACCGCUGCUCGUGGUCAAUGCACGAUUGUGUCUAAUACGCACCAGCCUAUCACCGCGAGGCCGUCGAGCUUUAAAAGCAUCCGUCGUCCCAGUCGGACAGGAAGCUCUCGCUGUUUGCCGUACUGACCACGUUUCGUCUUACACACAGCUCAGACUCAAGCUCUCUUUACCUUCCUUACCUUCCUCACCUUCCUUCCCUCUGCUCUCAACCCCCACCAUCACCUCCACCCAAGGACCCCGCCAUCCCAGCAUAAUACCAACACCACUCCCACCACAACAAACCUCAUGUCGUUCUUCAAGAAACUUGCCUCUGAUUUCGAGGGCCUGACUACCAAGGACAACAAGGAUCGUGCUAUGGACCCGAACCAGCAGUACCCCGGACAGGGGUACCCUCCUCCUGGCCAGCAGUAUGGCGGCCAGUACCCUCCCCCUUCGCAGAGCCCCUAUGGCGGCCAGCCCUACGGCCAGCCGCCACCACAGCAACCCUACGGAUACGGACAGCCACCCCAGCAGGGCUACGGACAGCAGCCUCCUUACCAGCAGCCACCUCAGCAGUAUGGCAGCCCUGCGCCAUACGGCGAGCGUCCCCCGGCGCCCCCCUCCACCAGCAGCUAUGGGGCCAGCGGCGCUCCCCAGCCUCCCCAGUGGGUUCCAGUCUGGUCUGAGCAGCAGCAGCGCUGGUUCUAUGCCGAGACGAACGGAAGGUCCCAGUGGGACGCCCCCUUCCACAUUCCACCCCAGCCUGCCUACGGCGACCACUCAAGUAGCCGCGCUGUAGACUCUGGCUACGGCGGUGCCGCCCCAUACGGUGCUGCUGCCGGUGCUGGUGUCGGUGCCGCCGCGGCGUACAGCUCGCCUCCUCCCGACCAUGGAUACGCCUCUCCUCCUCCCCAGGGCUACGGCGCUCCCCCUGGUGCCCCCUACGGCCAGGACUACCGCGGCCAGGAGGAGAAGAAGGACAACAGCACUCGUAACGUGAUGCUCGGUGCUGCAGGUGGUCUGGCAGUUGGAGCCAUCGGUGGCGCCCUUAUUGCCGAUGCUCUUAACGACAGCGACGACGAAGAGCACCGCUCAGCUCCUCCCCCCCAGCAGAGCUACGACCACAGUAGCUACAAUGACCAGAGCUACAACGACGGCCCCCCUGCCGUCCUGCCUCCAACUGACAACGAUGGAGACAGUGUCUCCUCGAGUGACCGCGAGGACGUCCAGGAAGCUCGCGCCGAGUACGAGGACAAGCUUGCCGAGGCGCAUGAGAGCGGUGACCACAGCGACUGGGAGGAGGCAGAGGAGGCCCGGCAGGAGUAUGAGGAGGAGUACGAGGAGGUCUACGAGGACUAAGCUCUUCGUUUUCAUUCAAAUGGGCACUUUCUUGGUUUCCACCAGGCGUGAUCCCUCGCUUGCCUAUGAAAGAAUGCCCAUGUUGACAUCAUCCCUUUGCUGAUGGUUUGAGCGGAAUGGCGGAUGUGGGACCCAGGGGAUCCAGAGCAUCCUAGCAGGUGCCGCCAGGACACGUGUGUCUUGAAGCAGAUAAGGUUAGACAGGACUUUGUGCUCAGCCACAAACCAUAAAAAGGAAUCAAACCAUCGUUUCCGGGCAAUCAGAUGAGUUGUCCUUUG